UGCCACCGCAUUCCCGGCUUGAAGCGGGAGGUUCUGGAUUGUUCUCGCCUCUCCCGAGUUCUUCGUGCGUCGGUCGGAGAUUUCACAGGUUCUGAGGUCUCCUCCGCGGUCAGCUCUGACUAUAAAACAAAAGUUACUGUUGUGUGAUUUCCUCGAUUCUUAAGAGUUCAUGUCUGAUCUGGACGUGCAGCUCCCUACUGCUUUUGAUCCUUUUGCUGAGGCGAAUGCUGACGAUUCAGGUGUUGGUGCAAAGGAGUAUGUGCACGUCCGUGUACAGCAGCGGAAUGGCAGGAAGUGUCUAACCACUGUGCAGGGAUUAAAGAAAGAGUUCAGCUACAACAAGAUCCUGAAGGACCUUAAGAAAGAGUUCUGCUGUAAUGGAACCGUUGUCCAGGACCCAGAGCUAGGCCAGGUGAUUCAGCUCCAAGGUGAUCAGCGGAAGAAUGUUUCUUCCUUUUUAGUUCAGGCUGGUAUUGUGAAGAAAGAACACAUCAAGAUCCAUGGUUUCUAGGUGUACCUCCACCCAAAGUUGCUCAUCUUCUCAUGGCUUGUGUGUGUCAGCUAGUGGACAUGGUGUGAUUGGAGUUACUGCAUGUCUCUUGUCUGAGUGGGACCAGUUCUCUUUGUCUUCUUAACUGUUUCAGACAUGAUUUUGGUACCGACGUUUUGUGUUUACCAUGCAAUGCAAAUAAUAUGAAGCGUGCCAGUGAGACUACAAUUUGGUU